AUGAGCAACGCGAGCAUCGACGAUCAAGAAUAUARGAGYCUCAUUGAAGAUAUCUACAAAGAUGUUACGGUCCAUGUYAAAAUAGAUGGAAACUCAACAACGGAUGAGAUCCYAAUACAGAGAGAAGCUGGACAGGGUGACUCGAUUUCUCCGAAAUUAUUCACCCUGGCGGUGGAAGAUGUCUUUAGGAAAUUGUCAUGGCAACAGAAGAGAGUCAACAUGCACCGAAUAUACCUAAAUAAUCUCCGAUCUGCCGAGGACAUUCUACUCAUCAACACUAAUGCAGGGGAGCUUAGCAAUAUGUUACACGACCUGAGGGAAGCAUCGCAAAUGGUGAUUGAAAAAACCAAAAUUACGAGCCCAGACAAUAUUUGUGUCACUAUAGAUAACCACGCACUUCAAGCUGUAGAAUAA